UUUUCAGCGGUAUCAGGAAGAGACACCUGAUUGGCUCUUGAGGAAUAGCUCCUCAUUUUGCCGAGCUGUCCUGUUAAGCUGCGCAGACAGACUCCCGGAGUCAGGACAACAACAACAACAAAUCUCAGUUGGACGCUGUUCGACAACCGAAACACAAGCGGGGAUGUCGGAGCCUGCAGAUCGUAGAUGUUCCGUCUCGUCCGUCUCUCUGAUUGAGAUCAAGACUGAGACGCAUCGAGUCCUCCAGGCUUUUCUUGAACGAACCAUCUCCACCCCCCACAAAGACAGGCCUGGCAGGGUAGCAGGAGCCUAUCAUAACAGGCACAGCUCGUCGCCACAGUCUAAACGAAAGGACGGAGCAGACGCUCAAACGGAAAAAGAAGACGACAAGAAGAAGAUGAAGAGGUCCAUUAUCCGUGGGAAAGGCUCACUGGGCCGGAGCAGCAAGCCCAAACAGUCCCAACCAGCAGAAGACAGCGUCUCAGCCUCCUCAUCUUCAGAUGAAGAGGAAGUUGAAAAAAUGAAGAAGCAAAGGCAAGCAAUCAAAAGAAAGAUUGCUUCGUUUUUCAAAAUGAAAUUAAAGGAGAAAAAAGAGAAGGAGAAAGAACAAAACGAGUCUCAUCCUCAGAGACAGAGUGACUUGGCACCUGGCAAGAAAGUGGCAGCAAAGGAGCCCGUCGCUCCUGUUCCGAAAACCGAUCAGCCUCUGGAGUUUUAUGAUGAAAUAGCUCAGAAGCUGGAAGACAUCAUCAAACAGUCCACCAAGAUAAAGACGCCAAGCCCAAAACUAAAGCGACCGCCAGAGUGUGAUAAAGAAGUCUUGGCUCAACGGCUGGUGAAGCUGCUGAGUUCAGAAGGAGAUGCCAUGAACACUAAGAUCCAGCAGGAUCCAGAGCUGCGCGCCAGACUGUCUCGUCUUUCUUACAGAUCGUUCGAGCAUAUUCUAGACAUCUUCAGCAGGAGUCAGGUGACUGAGGCCCCCCCGCUGCAACCGUCGACCAGUCCAACACUACAGCGAAUAGCCUUCUCCAUGGAGGUGUCCCGCCGCAUGGUGACAGCCACAGGAACGCAGCGGAUUGAGGGCUUCGCAGAGCGCUACAUGGAUAACUUUAUCCCCUGGGUCAAAAGUCAGGGAGGAUGGGGAAAGAUGCUGAAUAUAGAAAAGACUGAGGAGUGGGACUGAUGUCCUGAAUGUGUGUUUAUCGUGAACCAAGGCUCAACUGGAUGAUGUCAUCCAACAGGGUCCGAGGAGCUGACCAGCAGAGUUUAAUCUGACCUGUCACAUUACAUAGACAUGGUCUCUUUGGUUCCUGCUGCACCAGAGUGCUUCCAGUUUGUGUUUUACAUUUAACCACUCAACCAGGGUCCAGGCUGUUGCCACUGCUGCUACUAGCCUUGGUUUUCAAGGACCUGCUGUCCUUGAAACUAAAACUAAGUAGCUAAAUCCAUUUUGUUGUGGAAAAAUAAAGUACAAAAACCAAAUCAACUACUUGUAUUUUACCUCUUGGAUUAUGAAAUUCCAUAGUGAGACAUGAGAUGUUUUACAGCAGCUUUUAUUGUAAAUAGCAGAGCUACAGGAGAAGCUAUUUUACUAAGUUAUAUUUUAAACUGACAGCUCAUGGAAAAAUGCUAAAGAUUAUGGGGUGCCAUUUCAAAAGUUACACACAAAAAUUAACAACAUUGAUUCAUUGUUGAAAGUCAUAAUUUCACAAUUUCAACAUUCGUUUAUAAAUGUCACAGUUUCAAACUAAAUAUUUAAUUAGCCAGCUAAAUAUUUAGUUCAAAGCUAAACACUUAGUUAGCUAGCUACAUAUUUAGCUAAAUAUUCAGUUAGAAAACAGAAUAUUUAGUUCAGGGCUACAUGUAUGAAAUAUUUAGUUUGAAGCUAAAUAUUUACGGUAACUUAGAGCUAAAUAUUUAGCUAACACGCAAAUUCACUUGCUGAAAAGUGGACUACCAAAAUAAAAGCGGGGUCUUGCAGACCUCGUAUAAACUAAUGCUGGCGAUACUGAUUCACUUCAACUGUUUCUCAUGUCAUGUCUUCAUCACUGAUUGCAGUGAAGAGUCGGCUUUGAAGGAUUCAGCCUCACCAGCAGGAGUUUUAUACAAGGUCUGAACACCCAGCUUUUAUUUUGGUAGUCUACUUCCAGUUCUCCACAAGUGUAUUUUUAUAUUAGUUAAUUAGCUUAUUAGCUAUUUAGUUAAUCAACUUAAUAUUUUCUUUGAAACUCUUGCAUUUAUAAAUUAAUAGUGAAUUAUUAAAUAUAUUAAUUCAAAAAAAUCAAUCCUCAUUUUCUUUUCUUGUAUGACAGGUUAAAUAAGCCAAAUGAUUCAUUUUUAACUGUAGCUUUACAAACGGCACCACAUGCAAAAUGCUCACUUUAAUCUGUGCAAAAAAAAAAGAAAAGAACCGGUCUGAGAUUCUCACAGAAUGAUAAAAAAAAGUUUCAUUGUAUUUCAGUAUUUAAGCACAAAUUUAGAACAAAAUCGAUAAAACGAUCUAAUGUCUUUUUUCUAUAACAGAGAAGUAACACUUAUGUCUUGUAGUGCUAACAAGCAUACCCUAUUUCAGUUGCACUAAUGUAAUUUAUAACAUUGAUCAGUUAUUGAUCAGCAUGUCAGGUCAAGCAGAAAAAUAGUAGAGUCCAAUGAAUUUAUUUCAAGUGAUUAUUAUGCAGAAUAUUUUUCCUCUUAUCUGUUGUUGCUCUUUAUAGAGGAACACAAACAAAACAGCUCAUAAUAAGUGAGCAGUCAGUCAGGCCUGAGGGGGUUGGAAGGGUUGCUUUAUUUUUCAAACAGCUGAAGAAAAAACUGCAGCAGCAGUAAAAGUAGUCUAGAGGGGAAAGUUUAGAGGUUUUCAAACAGUAAGACUAAACGUAUUAUAAUCCUGGAACCGGCCCAGGACUCUGCAGCCGUCUUCACCAGCCAGAGCUGGUCAUGUAUGCUAAACAUGCUCUGACCGAGGAGCACCUCGACAUUCUAGAGAGUGCAAUAAUUCCAAAGCCUCUUUCUGCCACAUUUUGCAUUGAUGCAUUUAAAAAUGAAAACGAUGUGAUUCAGAUUGACCCCAUCUCUGAAUAUAAACAGCUUCUCCGGAAAUGUCUUUGAGAAAAAAGUUGGAAACAUGAAAUGUUUGGGAAAAUUCAGUGAUUGCUGAUAUUUACUUGCCUAAGUGCAAAUCACUGAUGGUCAACCCAUAAGUCUGAAAUGAUAUUAUUUUUAAAGAUGUGAAAAUCAGUUAGCAUUUACAGUAUGGGUUCAAAUAUAGCCACAGACUCCUCAGUGUGAGUGAGCAGAUGAGUUAAAAAGCUUCUCCUGUACUGUACAUAUGUUUAUGUUAAACAAUAUUAUCAAUCUUGUGAUGUUCAUUCUCCAAGUGUCAGCUGCUACUGUCAGUACUGUAAUAUGAUUACUACUUUAUUAUCAAAAUUUUUUUUGUGUGUGCUUUUUUAUAAUAAAAAAUAAAACUAACCUUUUCAUAAUGCAAAAAUAUUCAGGGUUAUUGGAUCAGGAAUUUGUGAAGCAUGUUUACUGUAAAGAUGUUUUUUAUAAUAAAUCUGUUCAUUAAGAGUUCUUUUAGUCAUAAUCGAGGGGGAAAUGUCUUACCGUCAAAUAUAAUCAUAGUGGUACAUGAAACAAAAAGUAAACUGUAGUUGUCUAUGCUUUACUAUGUUUUGUUUACAUUAUGUUUAAUAAUAAUGUAGGGUAAAUAAUGUGAAUAAGUGUUUAUUUCCUGUAGUGUUUGCUGCGUUCAGCACUGAGCCUGCUGUGUUCGGGUUAAACAGCAGCAGGAGGCUGCAGCGCCUCUAACACAACCUACAUUCUGGAAUGCACUAAAGUGAAUAAGGGAAACUGAUGUUUGUUGAAUUAUCAUUGUGUUUUUUUAUUGCAGUUUACCUUAGUCAUAUAAGGCAGAGUAGAAAAUGUUUUAUGUAUUUAUUUAUUGCCAGUGAAACUGCUGAUGUGGAGGAUCAUGUACUGUAGAUAAUGUCCAACCUCUGUCACUGACUAAAUGCUGAACUCUUAUCUGUCUUUUAUUAAACGCCAAAGAUUAUAUUGAUGA